UUUGGACUUUUCUUGUUUAUAAUGGGUUUGCUGAGAGCAUGUUUUAUAACAUGAUGGAUGUAUCUGACUUCCUAAAUCAUCGGGCGGGCUUAAUUUACAUAACAAAUGAAUGUUCCUUUUUUUUUUUCUUAAGAAAAAAACUUUUGAAAGAGGAAAUUUGUGGGCUGCUGCCAAGUAGCUUCUCUCAACCUACUGUGUAGGGGAUUGCAGUGAUCGUUUAGGACGGCUGGUCACUGCGGAAUAUCCCUCAAACAACAAAGACUCUUCAACACUUGUAUCUGAGUCCAUGUUGAUAAUCAGGCUAAACCGGAAGAAGGUCAGCCUGCUUAGGAGAUGUGUGGCGGCACAGCAAAGACCCCAAACGGGCCUGGGGCCCCGCAGAAUUCAGCUGGUUGUGUGAGUGAUGCUGUUUCUGGUGCUGGGAGGACUUACAAGACACUUUUAUGCGCAAAGAUUCGAAAAUGUGCCAGGGUAGGAAGGGGCACCGAUCACAUGGAACUGGACAACAGUUGGUCGUGUUCGGAGUUUGACCUGAAUGAGAUUCGCCUGAUAGUUUACCAGGACUGUGAAAGGCGAGGCAGACAAGUCUUGUUUGAUUCUAAAGCUGUUCACAAGAUCGAAGAGGUGUCGACUCAGAAAACAGAGGAUGUGCCUAUUAAAAUGUCCGCCAAGUGCUGUCAAGGAAGCAGCAGCGGCAGCAGCGGCGGCGGCGGUGGCGGCGGCAGCAGCAGCAGCAGCAGCAGUGGCGGCAGCAGCAUCUCCUUCCACAGUUCUUCUGGGGGAUCGUCCCAGCAUGGGAAGGAACAGCUUCCCAAGUACCAGUACACGAGACCGGCUUCGGAUGUCAACAUGCUGGGGGAGAUGAUGUUCGGCUCCGUCGCAAUGAGUUACCAGGGCUCCACCUUGAAGAUACACUAUAUACGCUCUCCUCCACAGCUGAUGAUUAGCAAAGUUUUCUCUGCUAGAAUGGGCAGCUUCUGCGGGAGUACAAAUAACUUGCAAGACAGCUUUGAAUACAUCAACCAAGAUCCCAAUUUGGGAAAACUGAACACAAAUCAGAAUAACUUGGGUCCUUGCCGUACUGGAAGUAAUUUAGGUCUGCUGCAGGCGUGCAGCAGCAAGCUGCUGCAGGGGGUGGCGGAAGGAGGACCUCUCCGGCUCACCCGCAGUGCUUCUUUCUUUGCAGCACACAGCACUCCAGUGGACAUGCCCAGCAGAGGACAGAACGAAGACAGGGACAGCGGCAUUGCUCGAUCAGCCUCUCUAAGCAGCCUUUUGAUUACACCUUUCCCAUCACCAAGCUCGUCUGCGUCCUCUUCCAGCAGUUACCAGCGCCGCUGGCUUCGGAGUCAGACCACAAGUUUGGAAAACGGCAUCAUUCCCAGGAGGUCAACUGAUGAGACGUUCAGCUUGGCUGAAGAAACCUGUAGUUCUAAUCCUGCCAUAGUGCGGAGGAAGAAAAUUGCCAUCAGCAUCAUCUUUUCCCUGUGUGAGAAAGAAGAGGCCCAGAGGGAUUUCCAGGACUUCUUUUUUUCUCAUUUCCCCCUGUUUGAGUCUCACAUGAACAGGCUGAAGAGUGCAAUUGAAAAGGCCAUGAUCUACUGUCGGAAGAUAGCAGAAUCAAGUCUCCGUGUCCAGUUUUACGUAAGCCGUCUGAUGGAAGCCCUGGGAGAAUUCAGAGAGACUAUCUGGAACUUGUAUUCUGUCCCAAGGAUAGCGGAACCCGUGUGGCUUACCAUGAUGUCCAGCACUUUGGAGAAAACGCAGCUCUGCCAGCGCUUUCUCAAGGAGUUUACGUUUCUGAUAGAACAGAUCAACAAAAACCAGUUUUUUGCUGCCUUGCUGACCGCGGUGCUGACCUACCACCUGGCCUGGGUGCCGACCGUCAUGCCCGUCGAUCACCCUCCCGUUAGAGCCUUCUCGGAGAAACGCACUUCCCAGUCAGUGAGCUCGCUGGCCCGAACACACCCGUACAACCCUCUCUGGGCACAGCUGGGUGAUCUCUACGGGGCCAUCGGCUCUCCAGUGAGGCUGACGCGCACCGUGGUGGUGGGGAAGCAGAAGGACUUGGUCCAGCGCAUACUUUAUGUCCUGACCUACUUUCUCCGUUGCUCUGAGCUGCAAGAGAACCAGCUGACCUGGAGCGGGAAUCCCGGAGAAGGGGAGCAGGUGUUAAAUGGGAGCAACAUCACGACAGCCUUGGAGAGGGGAGAGGUGGAGGAGUCCGAGUACGUGGUCGUCACGGUGAGAAGUGAGCCCGCCCUCCUCCCUCCCAUCCUGCCACUCACCAAGGCUGAAGGAAGGAGCCCCGGGCCUGAGGGCUCGGCUCGGACCCCCGAGGACAGUGACGCCGGAGACCUGUGUCCCAAAGCUGACAAGGAAAAAAACAAGUGUUCUGCGGCCUGCAGUCCAGGACACCAGGACCCAGCCCUGGACGACUCUUGGAAACCUCAGGAUGCGUUUUGUAGGGAGGAGGAAAGUGAAAAUGAGGUCCCACAGGAUGGCUGUUCCCGGCUCUCCAGCUGUGACAGUUUGGGGGCCGGACUGAAGAUCACUGAGGAGUGGAAAAGGGAGACGCAUAAGAAGCUACCAGACCGGUCAGCAGCCCGGCCCUGCCCGGACAGACUUUCCUGGGAGAAGCCGCCCUUAGAAAAGGUCACCUUCCAGAUUGGAAGCUCCGCAUCUCCAGAGUCUGACUUUGAAAGCCGCACCCGAAGAGUGGAGGAGCGGCUAAAGGCCUUCAGACAGCACCCAGAGUUAGCCAGUGGCCCUUUGGCUGAGCCCAGGGUGGCCGCUGACGUGGCUCAGGACCAGCAGGUUUCUAGGUGCUCCUUCCCGCCUGGCUUCCCACAGAAUGCCCGCCGUGCUCAGAGGCAGUCAUCGGACGGGGGUGAAGGUGAAUUUGACAGGGGUUACGCUGAGGACAGAGGCAUCAGAACCAGAGCUGCGGCAGAUGCUGCCGGGCAGCCUGACCCCGCAGCUGACUCACGCGUACCUAAUGCCAGUGCGGCCGGGACUGGACUGGAAACCCUGGAGACAAGCAGAGGUUUGUGCUCAAAGGAUGAGGAGGGACCUCUGGCAGAGCCCGGCAGGUGUGUGCAGCAGGACUCGGGCUUCUCAGUUGCUGCAGAUGUCCCCUGUGGGGAUGCCGACGGCCCGGGCGACUUCAGGACUGAAGGAGACAUUCCCAGAAAUGAAAGCUCUGAUAGUGCGCUCGGAGACAGCGACGACGAAGCGUGUGCUUCAGCCACACUGAAUCUAGGCCACAGCAGUGACUGCACCGAAGGGGCCUUGGAAGUGGAGCUGCCUCUGCCCAGGUCUCAGAGCAUCAGCAACCCAAACGUAAGAAACUUCGGCCGCUCCCUUCUGGCGGGUUACUGCCCCACAUACAUGCCCGAUCUGGUGCUCCACGGGACCGGCAGCGAUGAGAAGCUGAAGCAGUGCCUGGUAGCUGACCUGGUGCACACGGUCCAUCACCCAGUGCUCGAUGAGCCAAUAGCCGAAGCUGUCUGUAUUAUCGCAGACACGGAUAAGUGGAGUGUCCAGGUGGCCACGAGCCAGAGGAAAGUGAUGGACAGCACGAAGCUAGGCCAAGACGUCUUGGUCUCUAGCCAGGUGUCCAGUUUACUUCAGUCCAUUUUACAGCUUUACAAGCUCCACCUCCCUGCUGAUUUUUGCAUCAUGCAUCUUGAAGACAGACUACAGGAGAUGUACCUUAAAAGUAAGAUGCUGUCUGAAUAUCUUCGUGGACACACACGAGUCCAUGUGAAAGAAUUAGGUGUCGUACUGGGGAUUGAAUCGAACGACCUGCCCCUGCUGACAGCUGUCGCCAGCACUCAUUCUCCUUAUGUCGCUCAGAUACUCUUAUAAGCUAAAGCUCAGGACAGUUCUUCCUUGGAAGAAACAAAAAACACAGAUUCUCAACUGAAGGAGAAAGGAAUAAGCUCUUGUGACAUCGAAAGCAUAAGAAGAGCAAACAGAAAUAGUCAUUCCACCUCUUUGUUUCGUUUUGUUUUGUUGCCGUCAAGCGGAUGCUUCAUUGGAACUUAGGUUUACUUGACAUGAUGGCAUGUGUGUGUUUCAUGAACACUGCAGGCCUGUUGUUGCCCGGGAGUCAGCACAGUGACCUUCUUGGUAGGAGGAAGCAUAGCACUACACUAAACACUAAGCUGUCGGUACAGAUUGCCUUGUAUGUUCGGACCGAAUGACAAGUGACUUUGGAGCAGGAGGCGAACCGUGUACACGCCAUUCCAGGAGGAAAUGUUUCAGGGCUUAAGCAUGAGCUCUCCACACUGGAGAAAGCAUUAUUUUGCUGUUCUAAGAAGACAGUCGGAAAAAAGGAUUUCAGAUUCCAAGUGAGAGUUUGCUUUUUACAAAAGGUGAAGUAAAGAAAGACACAUUGUGCCGCCUUCAGCUCUGGUGGCUGCAGGAGUGACCGUCUGACACGAAGCAUGAAAGAAAAUUGACUGUUGGGAAGUGUGCUUUAGGGACCCACUGUUUCACAUCUCGGAGUUUACCUUGUCUCAAAUGUAGCCACAGGUGGGUUAGAGGUGGAUUGUUGGUGCAAUAAACCCAAGAAUCAAUGUAGCAUCCUAAUCCCAUCAAGAUGGAGUUAGCAGCAAAGUACACUGUCUGAUACCAUAGGUUUAACCUUGUACUUUAGAGCUUUCAGUAGCCUCUUGAAGAGAGGCCAUUUACCAAAGUUAUUUCUAUAAAUGCAAGCCUAUUUGUUGCUAAAUUCUUCCAGCCAAAGCCACUUUCUUCCUGUAAUAGUUAAUGUAAGUGACUAUUUGUAUUUUAAAAGGCACAGCUGUCCUGGUGGGAAAUGCAACCUGCAACAGUUCAGGAUGACUGAUGAAAGUAAUUAGUUAUACACAAUUGAAAGUAAUGUGUAUACUUAUACACAAUUGAUACCUGGUCUAAAUUUUUACAUUACCAUCUCUGUGCCUUCUAAUUCCUACAUAGUUUCAAAACACUGUUCCGGAAAUUAACUUACCCAUAGUAUCAAACCUGCCAAAAUGAGGAAUUAUUUGUUAGCAUAGUUCACUUUAAAAAAAAACACCUAAUAUUCUGUUAAUAUAAAAGAAACUUAGUUUACUGACCAUGAACUAUGACUGUGUCAGAUGAUGUACUGACAGCCAGGAUACAGAAAAAGACUUAAAAAAUCGAUCAUUAAUGACAGGAGCUAAUCUGGUAAAGCAAAACAUUGUUAGCAUUGUUAGCAUCUUGAUGAUCUUGAGUACAGCUAAUUAUAAGCAGGCUCCAAUUUUCUUUCACUGUUUUAUAAAUUAAUUUCCGUCCUUUCCAUGUGUCCUUUGAACCUAAGAAUAUGAAGUAACUUCCCUAUCAGGGGUUAAAAUGACUUCAGAUUUUCUAUUUGACAAAAUCCUAUCCUAAACACCAAGCUACAUAUGUUUGUCUCUUCUUCUGCAAAUGCAAGUUAAUGAUUUGUUUGAAAGAGUGUAGCAGCAGUACUGAUGGAGAGAAGUGAGUGAAUUAUUUCUUAGGACUAAGUCAGAGUCGCUGCCUUCCUCUCUUCUUACGAUGUGAAGUGUAGACGGGUGCAUUAGAACUCUCACAGCCUUUCAUUUUUAUUUUAUGUUUUUCUUUCAUUAAGUUGAAGCUUUCUAUUCUUCUUAGACUUUUCCUUUCUUUUCUUUCUUUUUUUUUUUUUUGCCUAACAUCUGAAUUUAGUGUUCUAAGUUCUCCAGUUUCGAGACAUCUCUGCUUGUCGUUACGCUGCACAAAGAGCGUGGACCUCACCUGUGGCUCACCUCGCUCGCUCGUCAUUUGCUUUCGUUACAUGUAAAUAGGUUGUAAUAGCUGAUGCUACAUCAUUCCUCUCUGCACCAGUUUAAAGCAUUCCCUCCUCCCCCAUUCCCUUUUCCUUGUUUACACGUUUUGGGCACUUUCCCUCGUUCACCGCCUUCCUGGGUUUCGUAGGAAAUAACUAGAUAUGAAAUCAGUUCCAUUCUAAUGCGGCAUGUUGAAAAUUAGACCCAUAUAGGGGAAAAUUGAGCUUUAAAAAAAGGCUGAUUCUUAACUUCAUACAUAAAAUAUUUAGCCCAGCCACCUCAAAGCCUGUGAAGAUUUAAUUUGCCUUUUAAUCUGCUGUUCCAAACUCUCUCUUGAAAAAUGUCUGCUGGGAACCGCAGGUGGGUCGCAUGUGGGGACGGCUCAGUGAUGCUCAGGGUCCCGGCCGGGACCGACCCUCGCAGCCCCUGCCUGCCAAAGCAGACCAAGAAUGCUGCUGCUCUUUCACAGGCCUCCUUUAAACUACAUCCAAGUGUUGUUUGUCUUAAAUUCAACCUCUUCCCAAAAGUGGAGACGAAAAGAGAAAUCUCACGGACUUGUGUUGAGAUACACCCACUUACACACCACACACCACCCAGGGGCUCAAUUUUGUCUUAGCCGAAGAGGCAAGAAAGGGAUCCCACGUUCUCCCAUGCCCACCUCAAGAAACAAAUAAAAAUGCUUAAAAAAUUUUUGAGAAAACUACCUCAGUUGACAGGAUUCCACCUUUAGGAUUUCUUCAACUUUUGAGUCUUACCUGUUGAGUGUAACUUUUGUAGCAUUUUGCUUCUUUAAGCCAGCUAGUGAGGCAUGACAGAGCAGAAGUGUGUACAUGUUACUGUGAUGGACCUCUUCCUAGCAUGUUGCAGUUUUAUUUUUAACAGAUUGACAAGUGAUAUGAAUGUAAAGAUAAUUGUGUACGUUUAAACGUGACAAUGAAAAUUGAAAAUGUAGCUUCCAUACUUGUGCAUAACUCCAAAGUAUUUUAUUUUUAUCAGUGUUAAAUAGCUUUUUGUACAGGCUUCAAUCCAUUUUUCUGAAGUGUGCUGUUUUUUAAUGAAAGUAACUAUAAUCUUUUCACAUCCCAUGGAACUUCUGUUUACACAUCACAACUUUUUAAACUUACCAUAUUUUUCAAAAUUAACUUUUUGGAGGGAGGAAAAUUCUUGCUUGCUAAAUGAUACUAAACUGUUGUUUAGGCUCUUAUAAUUAGGUCCUGAGAUUUUAUAAAAAUUUAGUCAGUAGCUUUUUAGGUUCUUCACUAGAGUUGGUUGUACAUAAAAAUAAAGAAUAUAAAGUGACCCCGAAAUUUUUUAAAUGUCUGAUUUACGCACUGUUCUGUACUUUUGGAAGUAUUUUAGUUCAUGCAUACCUUCACCAUUAAGUCGAGCCCUCAGCUCCUCUGGGCAGUGUGAACCAUUUGUUCUGUGUCGUGCUUUGGGGAGGGGACAUUUUAUUAUAAUACCUGCCUAAAUCAAGCAGCCCCCUCAGAAUGUUAAUUUUUAAACAUCAAAAUUUGGUGAACUCUAUACCCUGGAAGCAAGAUUGCAAUAUGUUCAAAUUUAAGUGGUGUUUAAAAAAGGAGAAAAUUCUGGGAUUUGUUAUAAUGGAAGCUCCAUGAAGACAAAUUGAUAGGGCUUUAUAUUUUUUGAUCACUUAAAUAGCUAUCAAUGUCAAUGUAUGGAAAAUUUUUCUUAAAACUUGUUCAUGUUUAUUUCAAUCCAUUUUUUUGUGGCAUUUGGUGCAAUAAACCUUUUGAAUUUA